CUUAACGAAUUACAGUUCCCAAGAUUAUUUGGGGAAAGCCAUGGCUUUUUAAAAAGUGGUAUUAUACUGAUCCAAACGUUAAGGUGUGAAUGUGGGUAAAGUGUUGGGACUGUAGAAUCUAGGCCUGGACUUCAGCUCAGCCACAAAGCUCACUAGAGCUGCUGCAUUGAGAUGUGGGUUUAUUGUAAAGUUUUCCUGGUAAUAACACUGGCUCAUCUGCCUUGAUUUCUGAAGCUUUCUUUUACACUGCAGUGCCUGUUACAUUACAGAGCUGCGGCCGUUUAGAAUUUUAAAUUGUGGAAAAGAACUGUGUGCCCCAAUGGUUGUCACCAUGAAAUUACUAUGCAACUCUCAAACACAAAACUUUCCGAGCUAAUAGGAUUGCAAACACAUUUGCUUUCUGGAAACAGCACUCGGAUUCAUGCUAAAUUUCCACUAAGUCCCACCAGGUUUCCAGAAGUGCCUUUUAUGUCCUGUGAGAGAUCCCACAACACAGAGAAACGAUCAGGUAAGGAAACGUGAGGAUAACAGGAUAAGGUGCUGUCUGAAUGCAGCUCAGAGCAGGCGCACAAUCUGACUCUCAGCCUUUGAGGAUUUAAAUGUGGCCGGGAUGUGGAGAGUGGGUGUGCAGCAUUUUAAUUAUCAGCCUCCUAAAACCCCUCAGUUGUUACUGAGCUUUCAAUCCUGGUGAAAAAAAGAAAAAUGGCUCCAUCUAAAGGCCAAAGGUUGUUUUUCAGUCACCAGGACAACUGGGGCAACACUCUGUCGCCCUAGUGACAGCUUGGGGAGAGACACUGCUUUCACACACAGACAAAACAAUCCCUUACAGAAAAGGAACUAAGGUCUCCACCCAAAAGAACCUGAUUCCUAAUGCCAUAUUUCUAUGUGUGGUUAAUGUAAACCUGCAAGGCAAAAUCAAGUGCAGGGUGGGAAAGUUCCUCUCCACUGGGUUCCAGAUCCACUGCCUUGUUCUGAGGUAGGCAACGGCUCUCGGCUAGCUGAUACCUUUGCUGCCGUGAACCAUUUUAGAUUAAUUUUGUUUCAUCUGUCAGCUCCGAGGGUAUCACAAAAACCCUUUAGACCUGUGAUGUAUUUAGUUGGGCGUAUUUUAGGGGGAGGAAGGUGAGGAAAAUAAGCAAAUCUGUUGAGAGAAUUGGAGGUUUGGAGAGAGAGAGAAAAAUAACAGUGUACAUAACGUUGUGCCACAGCCUGCCUGUUUGUUAAAAGCAGCUUUACCUCAAAGCUACACAACUCCCUCAUUCACUAGUCAUCGCCCUUGCGCGUAAUGCAAACUGUGUGGAGUCAGUUUCACACGGCAGGCUGUGAACAGCUCCAGCAAUUUCCACCGUGCCAUUGCUAACUGCAAAAUAAUAGUAAUAAUAAUAAUAAUACAUAUUAGGGACAUAGCUGUCAACCUUCCCUCUUUUUUUGCAGAAAAUUCCCUUAUUCCAGCGCCGUUUCCCGCUGCUAUCUCCGAUUGUUAGAUAUCCCGUAGACUCUCCCCAGGACAGGUGAGGCUGCUGAUCCCUUAUUUUCAAAUCUGAAAGUUGAAAGCUAUGAUUAGGGAGGGGUUUUGUCAUCUGGGCAGCCCAAGUCCUCCAUACACAUUGCCCAAGCUGGCGUCCAGGGAAGUAAUUUCAGUGCUGCUAAUGCAGUAAAAACAACAUGGGAUGCAGCAAUUAUGAGUUACCAGUCUCUGCAGCCACAACAGGCGCUGUGAUUCUCCAGUGGUUUGACUUCCCCCUUGGAAGUGUACUCCAUUGUCUCUCAAGACAGACAGAUGCCAACAACAGAUUAGAACACACCUCUCAAUCACCUUGAAGUGAUAAGUUGCCAAAUAUAGCAAAUUUUUACUGCUUGCCUAAAUCCUAGUUCUGUGUUUUAUUGGUAACCAAGGAAGGGAAUUGUUCUUAUUAUUAUUGCUGAUGCUGGCUUUACACCCCGGGUCAGCAGCUAGUUCUGUUUUCUGUAGGGCCCUUUAUAACAUGUGGGUAUCUACAGCAUGAUAAGCUCUCCCUAAGAGACAAGCCUCAUGAUCACAGUCAUCCUUGAGUGCCAGCCAUGGGUCCAAGGCAGUGCUCCACCCCCCAAAAAGGGCCAGGUUUGAUCCCAAGGCUCCUAGCUGCUGACACCUACUUUAUAACCUUUUAAAACUCAAAGGGAAAGCUGUGCUCAGAUGAAAUGAGCAGCAACCGUGAAGAAAAUGAAAUGUGGUCCGAGCUGCUGGCUACACCAGCAACCAAGUUAAUGCAAGCGCAAGAAAGGGCAGAAAGGUUUGCCGAAGAAAAAGAGGUAAGCUUAUCCUUUUGUUUCCUUUCAUGCCUGAAUACUACUGGAAAUUAAUGGGUGCAUAUAGGAUUAAUUGUGGCGGAUUGGGUGACCUGUAGCUAGCCACAAUCUCUCAGUCUAACCGACCUCACAGGGUUGUUGUGGGGUUAAAAGAAAGAGAGGGGCGAAUCCUGUGUGCUGACCUGAGCUGCUUAGAAGGAAGGGUAGGAUAAACCUGCAAUAUAUGGACAUGAAAGCAGGCUUCAGGUGCUCCAGAGACUUUACUCUGUGUGUGCUUGAUGCUAUACCAUUAUAUCUGGAUCCAGUGCUUUUUUCCUAUUAAAAAAAAUGUUUAGGAGUACUCUCAUUUUCCUACUCAUAUUGAAAUACUGCCCCUCAAUGAGGUCAAACUUAGAUUCACAAAAUGUUUAGGGGUAUGCGUCCCCCGUGUCCCCCUCCCCCCCAGAAAAAGCGCUGCCUGUAUCUAUAUAUAUAUUUAGCUUACUUUGCCAAACCUUUAUUUGGCAUUACAAAUAUAGGCCGUCAUAAAACAUCCAUAUAUAAAAAAAUAAAAUAUAUACAAAUAAACAGCCAUGUAAAAUAUGUAAUAACCCUGCCAAGGGUUAUCUGGCAUCUGUAAAGAAGGGAAACACAAAUUCAGAGAAGCUGCCUUUUCUAGGUCAGUAUAUUUGUCCAUCUAGCCCAGUGUUUCCUGCUCCAGGCAUUCCCUCUCCGCCAGAUGGUGCUGGACUACAACUCCCAUCAUCUCCCUGGCUAUUGGCCAUGCUGGCAGGGGCUGAUGGAAAUUGUAAUCUAGCAGUGUUUGGGGGAGGCGGGUGGCGGUCAUGCAUUCCCCAGCCCUAGGCUACUCCAAGCAGCAGGGGCUUUCUAGGGCAGAGAGGACUGAAUGUGGCCCUUAGGCCCCUAUAUGUGGCCUCCAGGACUCUUCCCAGACACACCCCUUCUCCUCAGGCCACGCCCCUCACCAGUUCUCCUUUGCACCCACCUUGCAGUGGCGUAGCGUGGGGGGUGCAGGGGGGGCCAGCCGCACCGGGCGCAACAUCUGGGGGUUAGGGUUAGGGGGCGCAAAUCCACGGGUUAGGGGGUGCAAAUUACUUGCCUUGCCCCGGGUGCUGACAACCCACGCUACGCCACUGCCACCUUGAGUGGGUGCAUGGCUACAGAAUGUCUUUGAACUCUGAUAAAGCUCCUUGAUUGCCUGGAUGGAGGGUAGAGAAGGAAGUGUGAGUGUGCAUGACUAUUACAGUACAAACGUAAUUGUUAUUUAUUUCAUAAAAUUUAUAUACCAGGAAAAAACCUGAUUGCUUUAUAUUUUUUGUAAAAGAUAAAGCAAUCAAAUUAUAACUUUUUUUUUAUUUACAAUUUUUAUUGUAAAGCAUACAGAAAGUUAAAACCGCAGUAGAACAGACUACAGCAAGUUAAAACUCAUACAAGCUUUCUAAAUGACUGGGUGGGAUUGUCUAAAUAAGAACGUCUUCAGCAGGCGCUGAAAAGAAGGUGCCAGCCAGAUAUCAAUAGGCAGGGAGUUCCAAAGUGCCGGUGCUGCUGUACUAAACGAACACGUACUUAUAGAUGCAGUGUGGGCAUGAUGUAGCACUUGUAAAAUACUAAUAUUCUUUGCUCUGCCCACUUUUGCCUCUGGCCACUGGAACAUGUGCCUAGAAGAAAAAGUGGACCUCAAGUUGAAAAAGGUUUCCUCCUCCCUGCUUUAUGGUCUCUGGCACAGUUAUUUUACCUCACCAGCUACCUGAUGAUUAUUAUUUAAUAUGAUUAUGAUUUAUUAUUAUUAUUAUUAUUAUUAUUAUUAUUAUUAUUAACUGGAGAUGCCAGGGAACGGCCCUGAGAUGCAGAAGCAAGAAGCGGGCAGAUUGGAGAAUUUCUUCCUUUUUUACAGCAAAUCUUGUGUGUGUGUUUUCUCCAGGCACAUAAAGCCUGCAGGGAACUGGUUCAAUGUACAGCUCUGGCGAGAAUUGUCUAUGGAAAUGGGCACUGGAAGUUGGCAGAGGCACUCGCUAAUCUUGCUCAUGGUUACCUUACCCUUCAAGGUAAAAAAGCUAGUAUGUAAUAAUGAUAAGAUACACAUGUCAGUUUGGGUAAGGAAAACACUAAGGAUAUACAAGAUUUUCGGGCACAACCACUUUAGGAUGUAAUGAAUGGAAUACUAAACACGGGGAAAUUGCCAGAAUCUUGGAAAGAGGCAUACAUUACACUGAUUCCAAAACAGGAUACAAACUUAUUUUUUGGAUACAAUGGAGGACUGAAAAAUUAGGAGGAUUUAUAGUAUGCAGUUGAAAAGGUUAGCUAAAGAACCCAUGGCGGGGAGAAGGGAAGUCUAGAGAUUUGGGAGUAUCUUGUGUAAUUUUUACUAUUUGUGAUUUUGAGCGUGAAUGAAUUUGUAAAAUCAAAUGAAAAUAAUUUUCCAAAAAAAAGAAAAGAAAGGGAAUACACAAAGAAUAUGAUUCCAACUGCUGGUCACUUACUGUAAGUAUUUCAUCACAAACUACAGAAGGAUAGCUGUGUUGAUCUGCUGCUGCAAAAGCAACAAGGAGUCUUUAACAUGUCAAGAGACUAACAGACUUCUUGUGGCACAGUAAGAGCAGAAGAGUCUUCUGGAUCAGGCCCAUGGGACAUCUAGUCUAGUGGCCAAGCAGAUACCUAUGGGAGUGACCUGAAUGCAAAACCACUCUCCCCUCCUGUGGUGGUUCCCAGCAACUGGCAUUUAUUAUUAUUCUGCCCCUUCUGAGAGUGGAGACUAGUAACUUUGGAUAGUCUUAUCCUCAAUGAAUUUGCUUAAUCCUCUUUUGAAGCCAUUCAGGUUGGCAGUAGCACCUCCUAUAGUUCAGCUACGCUCUGUGUGAAGAAGUUCUUUCUUUUGACGGUCACGAACCUUUUAACAUUCAUCUUCAAUGGAUGCAUAGCUGUCAACUUACAGAUUUGAAAAUAAGGGACCAGCAGCCAAAAUAAGGGACCUGCAGCCUCACCUGUUCCAGGCACUCCAGUCUUCCUGUCCUGCUGCAGUCUGGUCAAACUCAUGCUGGUAGCUUCGAGAACACUGUCCAACCAACUUUGUAACCAGAGGUUCAACUGAAUAGAAUCUGAAUCACAUGCACCACAAGGCCUAUGCAGCCUCAACUUAAGAUGGCUCCCCGGCCUGGCUUUGCACUGCAAAGUUUGCAGCAGCACGUGAACCAAAAUGGCGUCCAGCAUUCAAAAACCCCCUCAGCUUGCAUUAACUAGCCACACACAAGGCAUGCAAGCUCCACCCCCCAGUCGUUCUUAGACUUCUUAUUGGGUGAGCAACACAGCCAAGCAACACAGUUGGAGCCUCCCUCCUCCCUGGCCGGCAGGGAGGGAGGGAGGGAGAGGAGCUGCUUCCUUUGAAAUUUAAGGGAUAUCAUUUAAGGGACAUUUAAGGGACAUCCAUCAAUAAGGGACAGCAGCGGGACAUGGCGCUGGAAUAAGGGACUGUCCCUUCAAAUAAGGGACACUUGACAGCUAUGAAUGGAUGCCCAUAAGUUUCAGGGUCAUGAUCAACGGAGAACAACUUUUCUCCAUCCAUAAUAAAUCAGGCAGUCUUUAAGGUGCCACAAGAUGCUUUGCCACUUUCACAACAAAGUGCAAAUUUGUAGCUAGAGGAUCCAACCCUUCUGUCUGUCACCCUCCUCAUCUACCACUUUGCUUUAUCCAUCCAUUCAUUCAUUUCAUAAAAUUUGUACACCGCUGGAUUGUAAUAGUAACCUCAAAGCAGUUUACCAAAAAAAGAGGUUUUGAAGGAGCUGAUACAGUGGUACCUCGGGUUACAUACGCUUCAGGUUACAUAUGCUUCAGGUUACAGACUCCGCUAACCCAGAAAUAUUGCUUCAGGUUAAGAACUUUGCUUCAGGAUGAGAACAGAAAUCGUGCUCCGGCGGCGCGUCAGCAGCAGGAGGCCCCGUUAGCUAAAGUGGUGCUUCAGGUUAAGAACAGUUUCAGGUUAAGUACGGACCUCUGGAACGAAUUAAGUACUUAACCCGAGGUACCACUGUACGUGUAUUCAUAGGACAAUGAGAUGAUCUGCCUCCAAGGCGAGAUGGGAUCACAGUUUUAGUCAUCAUGGAGCACUCAUUUUGCAGCUGCUGUUCUUUUCUUCAAUUUUUAUGACUGGUAGUUGAUAUCAUUGAUCAUUUCUUGGUGGAGACAGAGUUGGAAAUAUGCAUUUAUUCAUCAUUCUCAAUUUAGGGCUUGCAUCAGCAUAUUUUCCUUUCUUCCCAUGUAUAAAUUUUCAGUUGCAGCUGCAUACACAAUGGUACAAAAGCUUUCAGCAACCAGUUUCUUUUCUCAAGUCCAUUAAUUGUUUGUGGUGGGGAUAGGGCAGCUGUGGCCAUGCAGACAUCGAUAAACUAUAACUCCCAUGAACCUGAAUGGAACUAAACAACAUCUAGGUUCUCUGUCCCUGGUUUAUGAAAACAUUUUUGCUUGAACUGUUUGUAUGUAGUGUAGAUUAGUGAACAUGUCAUUCUGUGUGGUUAAAGUCAUCUUUUAUUUCCCCCAGGUCUUCCCAUUCAGGCUAUGCACCAUGCAAAUUCAGCCAAAUGCACCAUAUUUGCAGGUGGAGGUGCCCCUCCAGCAUCUUCAGAAGAAAAAGGAGAGUUUCUGAGCAUGCUUGUGACGAUCUACUAUACUUUGGGUGCAUCCUAUUUGAUGCAGAAAAAAUAUCCUUGCAAUGCAGCGAUCAGAACUGGGGGAUUCAGAGGCAAAAUACCGAAGCAACACUGUGAAGCUGUGAAGCUCACCAGAAGUGCAUAGAAAAGUCAGCCUCUAGGUCUACCUUGCAAGGUUGCUGUGAGCCUAAAACACUGCUAUGAGCACCUUAUAAGAAGGGAGAGAUACAUAUGAGGCAUAUUAAGUUUAGUAAAUAAAUAGGAAUCUCUAAAAAAAAAUCCCCUCCAAGCUUUGUGUUCAUCCACUGUCACCGCAGUCCAACAUGGCUCCAGGUUUUCAUACACUCAUUCCUUGGUGGAGUCAAGAGCCAGACAUCUAAGAGGGUACAGCAUAUGUAGAGGCUGAGACUGGAUCAGUGCAACUGGCAAGUGAGGUUGUAUGCUGGGAGACCUGGUGUUGAUUUAGAAAUUGAGUAACUAUGUGGCCAGCAAGCGGGGAAUGAAUGUGGCAGACAUUCUUCUGACCAAGCACCAUUGAAACCAACCAGAACUGUGCAAGAGCACAUUGUUGCUCCUGUGCAGCUGCCAUGUAUUUGAAUGGGGCUUGUGCCUCAUGUCAGUUAUUAGGAAUGGGUGACACUUAGUUUUUCUACUUCAGGCACCACAGUGUCUGGUGCCAGCUCUCUGGACAUCUAAAGAGAACGUUCUCAGGAUGCUCACAAGAAGCACGUCACCCAGAGUUCAUUGCCAGCAUCCAUGAAGUCAACCCAACUGGCACUUGUGAUGAACAUGUAGCUGUUCAGGGCCCUGCAAUGUGUAGAGCUAGCUUAGUCUCUGGAUUUCUUGAAUAGUGCUGCCAUUAGAGAUCAGCAACUUCCUUGUCCCAUGGUUCAUCACUACCCAAGCAGAAAAACGCCCAACUCCAGGUAAGGUAACUGAUGAUGCUCCAGAAUCCAGGGAGCCUCACCCACCUGUCAUAUUUGGCCCACAUGCCUAGGACCUGAUAAGAAUCUGCCCUGCAGAGCCAAAAAGGUUCUCUGCUCCUGUUCCAGGCAAUGUUGCAGCUUUUUGUCUGUGUUGAUUUUAAUGGAUUUUUUUUUUUAAAAGUUGAGUAGCCUUGACCUUUCUACUGGCAAAGAAUCCUACUGCAAUCUGCAGAAAGCUGAAAGGAUUAUGGAAGAACUGAGAGGGAUGGAUUGGAGAGGGACCCAGACUCCUGAACUUAAAGUAUCUGAGAGAGACCUUCUUGCAGCACUGGGCAGGUAAACGAAAGACCAGUGGCCUGAUAAGGGUACAGCUAUUUACUGAAUGACUUAAAUCACAUAUCUAGGCUGUAAUCCUAUACUUAGUUACAGGGUAGCAAGUUCUCUUGAACUCAGAGGACAUGCGUUAGGCAUUGCACUGCUAAUGAAUGUGUGUGUGCUGGGACUCCUCUUUACUCCCUAGAUGAGAAAAUUCCUGCCAUCUAAAGGGCUUUGCAGUCUUAUAUGUGGCUUCCUGCAGUCAAGAAUCCAGGUCCUCUGCCCAGGCCAAAAUCCAGACUUUGCCCCCACAUUUAGCAGCAAGUGUUUGGGGAGGGCAAUGGCACCUCUUUUAGAUGGUAACACACAUGCAUGUGCAAGUUGCACACUGCCGUCUGGUGGUCAGCACUAUUAUUGCAGCUACCUACUGGUGCUUUUCAGUGAUAGUAUUUGCCACUAGAAAACUUGUUUGCCGAGAGUAGAAAGUUGUAUUCUGAGAGCAGAAUUUGAUUCAUACCCUCAAGUACAAAGAAAGUCAGAUAUUGUUACAUCUAUUAUACGAUUGUUUUAAAAUUGUGUUUUUGUUGUUUUUGUACCUCUUACUAAUAUUCCUUUUUAAAAUUGCUUUUUUAUGAAAAGCGGUACACAAGAACACUAAACAAACAAAUAUUUUAUAUUUUCACAUUUUUAAAAAUGUGGACUUUUAGAUCUAAUUACUCUGUUCUGCCUUCUAGGGCAAGUUUGCAGCAAAACAAGUUAGAGUUGGCAGCCAGGCAUUUUGAGAAGGCAAUUGAUGCUGUAAUUUCAGCUGAAGGAGAGAUGUCUCCAGAACUGAUAAACCUCUAUCAGAAGAUAGCCCAAACUGAGCAAGCAAAGGGAAACCAUGAAAAAUCCAUGGGGUAUUUGUUACAGGCAAGGAACCUCAUAACAGUCCAGCAUGUAAACUGAGUUUGUGGUUUUGACUUUACAGAGCUACCAGGUGACAUGUGUAUUAAACCUCAAUCUUACACCUACUUCACUGGGAGUAAGCAAAUUUAUUAAGAUUUAUGUACUGCUUAAUCCUCAAAACCUCUCAGUGGUUUACAUAAAAUAUAAGGUGUACAUUCAUUUGAGAAGACAGGUAAAGGGUUGUGCUGUAAAAACUACUAUUGCACCAUCAUAUUCAUAUAUUUAUAAUAAUCCCCUCUGUUAUUGGCAGCAUCUGGGCUCAAGUUCUGCUUGAGGGUUUCCCACAAGCCCCUUGUUGGCCACUGUGAGAACAGGAUGCUGGACUAAAUGGCCCAUUGGCCUGAUCCAGCAGGCUCUUCUUAUGGAUGCAGGUUGCCCAAAUGGGGCUCAGCACCCAAACACUUCCAAUCAAUUGCAGGUACCCUGCAAUUACCUUAUGGCAGUUCUCUGCAACCUGGUGCCCUCCAGGUGUAUUGGACUGCAAUUCCCACCAUCCUUGACCAUUGGCCAUGCUUGCUGGGGCUGAUGGGAGUUGGAGUCCAAAUCAUCUGGAAGGCACCAGGUUGAGGAAGACUGCCUUGAGAUCAUGGGACCACUUUAGCUGUCAUGGUCGGCCAUUGGAAACACUGUUUGCUUUCAAACGGAGUAAUUCUGUGAUUGCAAUGUGGCAAUAAUUCUCCAUUUUAUUUACAGUUGUACCUCGGGUUAACUACUUAAUUCAUUCCGGAGGUCUGUUCUUAACCUGAAACCGUUCUUAACCUGAAGCCCCACUUUAGCUAAUGGGGCCUCCUGCUGCCGCCGUGCCGCCGGAGCACGAUUUCUGUUCUCAUCCUGAAGCAAAGUUCUUAACCCGAGGUACUAUAUCUGGGUUUGCGGAGUCUGUAACCCAAAGCGUAUGUAACCUGAAGCGUAUACAACCCGAGGUACCACUGUAUUCUUGGUUUAUCACCCACAGUAAACAGCAACUGAGUGCUUGCAUGUCCGAACGUUAAAUGAGCGAAUACUGAAUGAAAGCCUGAACGAAUGUUGUACAAAGAAAUGCUACAGUGAUGCUUUCAUUUUCAUGCAUGUGCUGGUCCUUACAUUUCCAAGCACUAGAAAAGGUUUGCUUUGGGGGAGAGGGAUAAGCUGCUGACAACACUGGAUUUGAAGACAUGGCUACCAGGGCCAUACUCUAUUUUUAUUUAUUUAUUACUAUAUUUAUAUCCCACCUUUCCUCUAAGGCAUACAUGAUUCUCCCUCGCUCCAUGUUAUCCUCUCAAAAAUCUUUCUUGGAAGGACAGAUUGAAAGACAGUGACAACCCCAAGUGAGCUUCAUGGCUAGGGCUGCCAUACUCCCCAAAGUGAAAUUCCGGACAAAGUUGUUAAAAACUGAAGGACCCUUCCUUUGUUUUUUCCUUAUCUGAUACUAGGAGCAUCAGAGAUGCUGCAAAGUGUCAAAACGACAGCAGUAAAAGGAUCGUUUAUUUUGUCAUGACAAAAAUGGUACAGACAAGUGUUUGCCUGAUGUCUGCCCCCCCUCUCUGGGCAUGCCAGCCUUUUAUACCCUGUAGAAUGGACAGUCAUCUGAUUUCCGAGAAAACACGUGUUUUACAAGAAAUGCCGUAAAAAUUAGGUUUCGUUUUUCCAUAUUUGGAUCAACUUCCUUAUUUCACGUAUUUCCAGCCCCUCAUUCCUCCUGUUUCAGCCUCCCUCCCUUUGGGGUUACAAUAGCACCCAUGCAACCUUGCUCUUAUCUCUACGCGCCUAAGCCAGACAUUCCCGAGAGAGGCCUAUUUUCACUGUAACAUCUAAGCAAGAAGAAAAAGCCUUGUUCUUCUGGCUGGUGUAAAAACCUCCCCCCCCCCCCCUUAAAGGAAGGGGUUUUUGGGAUAACAUAUGAGAGAGGAGAAAAUGCCUCAAAGAGUUUUUGGGAUCAUAUACAGAACAAUAUUUUAAUGGCCCUUCAAAACAAACAAACCACCCUACUUACCAUACAUACAGGAUUUCCUGGAUAUUUUGCUGAUUCAGAGAAAAUCUGCCUGGACACUAUUUUCAAGCCUGUUUCCCGGCUGUGUCCAGGAAAAUCGGAAUGUAUGGCAGCCCUGUUCAUGGCUUAGUGGAGAUUUGAAUCCUGGUCUUCCAGAUCCUAGCCAAACAUUCUAACCACUAUACCACACUGCCUCUAGAGUACUAGAGUCAUAAUUAGACAGCUUUGCAUGCUGGGCAAUGCAGGAGUGGUUUUCCAGGGGUUUUUUGUUGGUUUCCAGUAAACAGCUUGCCUCUUAUGUGGGGCUGCAUUCACAGGAGUUGUUCAUGCUCUCCAUCCCUAGCUAUGCUGUUGGGAGAGAUACAGAGCAUGGGUUAGAUCCGGGACCCUCAGUUUAGGAUUGUGAGUAGGACUAUAGGCUCUUAGAGGAUUUGGCUGCCCAGAUCUUUCAGGGCAUAAAUGAAAUUGUUCAUUCAGAGCUCCAGAUAGCACAGCUGCUAUGAUGUCAACACACCGUGUCCAUCUCUUCCUGGCAGGCCCACUCCAUGUCACUAGCUCUCUACAAGAAAUCCAGUGCCGAAGUUGCCUCAACAGCAUGGUUACUGGGGAAGGCUUAUGCUGCAACUGGAGAAGUAAAGCAUGCAGGUAAGGCACUGGGAUGGAUAUGUAAGUUCUUUCCUUUGCAAUGCAUGUUGUAUAUCACUUUAUGCCAUUUCAACUUCCACGUUGCCAAGGAAUCCUGGGAACUGUAGCUCAGUGAGAUGCCAAGAAUUCUGCUUCUGAAUGUGCCUUCCAGCAAUUCAUAAAACAGGAUUUGUAACAAGUAAUGACAGGUGGUUAUUGCUUUUAGGCUCUUGUUUGUGGGCUUUCCAGAGGUUGUCACAGUUGAAAGCAGGAUGCUGUAUCAGUCGGACCCUUGCAUCGGACCCAGCAGGGUUGAUCUUAUGUUCUUAUCUAUGAUGUUCCUUUUCCAACCCCACUGCCAUCAAGCUGUCUUGUACUAGAGACCAAUUCAUCACCCAGUCCACAGCUGCCUUUUCUAGCUAGAGCACAGAUGGUUUGGACUCUGGACAAUGAUUUUUCAGCCUCAGCUGAGAAUGCAUUUUUCUUCACUUACUUCACCCGUGUCCUAAACCAGCUCUUCUGCCUUUAGGGACCCUCUUCUUCACUCUACUGAGUGGGACCCUGGACGUUGGACCUUCCUGCCUCCCUCUUUCCCAAAUCUCCUAUUUGGAUUAAUUUAACUAGGGUUGACAAGAAUUUAAUCCAGCUCCUUCAACCCACAAAGCAUAUUCUCUACCACUGAGAGUUGGAACUCCUCUUAUGCUUAUAAGCUGUUUUACGGCUCAUGCUGAAAGGAUGUAGCUAGAAUUUAGUUUGCUGCUGCUUAGGAGAUAAGAAAUAACCCAACAUAUAGCCCACAAGUUCUUAUAAUAGCUUGAAACAGCUCCCUGAGCUGGUUCUUAAAUGGUUAGUCCUUCAGGAUGAAUGAACCGAGAUGGAACAAAUCAUACACUUAUUCAUUUAAAAGGUGCAUUUCACUUGAUGGGAACAUGUACUAAGAACCAGAGAGACUCCAUUUUGUCUCUAAUAGGCAUUAGCUCAAAUCAAGACAGGCAUAACGUUAGCCUUCUCUGCAACUUUUCCACCUCAAAAUAACACUACAAUGAAUAGGUGGGAAACUGGCAAAAAGCUGCUAACAUCCUGACACCCCAUCUUGUACAAAUUUAGAUCCUGCCCUUUGCACCUCUCCCAGUUUCCCCAAAGUGUACUGACCAACAAACUAAGCUAAAACUGACAAGAAGUCCCGUCAUCCCUUAACCUGUUUACUAAGAAGCUGUAACUGCUGGCUUUGCAAGAUGAGAGACCAAAAAAAAUAGUAGAUUGCCACAGGGACUGCUUACACUAAAUACUGAUUGCCAAUAGAAUCACUGUAUUAAUUCAUGUAAUUAAACUGUAUAAAAUGUUGGAGCACGCUGUGAAAAGACAUGCAGGAUUUGGAACUUGAUUCUCCUGUACCUUCUUACUGCAGUCUGAAUAAAUCCUCUUUUACCUCCCUGGUGUGAUUAUUGACUCAUCACCCCAGCACUGGACUUUUGUCCGUAACAUCAUCAUCAUUUAUUAUUUGUACCCCGCCCAUCUGGCUGGGUUUCCCCAGCCACUCUGGGUGGCUUCCAACAAAGAUUAAAAAUACAUUAAAAUGUCACACAUUAAAACAUACUAUACUGCUCAUUUUUCUAGAGGCUGCUGAAAUAUACUUCCGUGAGAGUCUUGAGGCCUACAAGUCAGCACUGGGGACGAACCAUUCUCGGACAAUCAGUGCCCUGGAAGACUUCAGUAAAUGGCUUGGGCGAGUAGGGAAAAGAAAGGUAACAGCAGUUCCAGUGGGACACAGGUGUAAGCCUUUCAGCUGAAAAAGAGCACAUAAGGGUGGGUGUGUUUAGCUGAUACCAUUACCAGCUUGCAGGGGAGUGUGGAUUGCCUAGACCAGGGAUGGGAAACCUGUGUCCCUCCAGAUAUUGUUCAGCCUGAAACUCCCAUCAUCCCUAGUGCUAUCAGCUGUUCUAGCGGGGGCUGAUGGGAGUUGAAGUCCAGCGAUCUCCGGAGUGACACCAUUUCUCUCUCUAGGCACAGGCGGAGGAAGGGGGUGCGGGGGGUGCAGUCCGCCCCGGGUGUCAUCCUUGAAGGGGGUGACACCGCUGCCCCGCCCCCUGGGAUGCUUGCCCCGCCCCUGCAGGCGGCUAGCCCCACCCCUGGGUGCACAACAUGUGCACCACUCCGGGUGCUGGAGCAGCUAGCUCCACCUGUGUCUCUAGGGUGGCCACUUACGCAUUGCUAGAAAAGAGGAAACACACCAACAAUAAAAGAGGACAUUGAUUUACAUAAAAAUAGCAUGUUUAUUUAUUUCAUAAAAUUUAUACACCACUUGGUUGUAAAAAGCCUCAAAGCCCUUUACAAAAAGAUGGUAAUUUAUAGGUGCAAAUUUAGAAAUAACUGCUAUAAAUCAAUUAGAAGAAGAACACUACUUUUCACCAUAAUGGAGAAGACUGUGAACAGGGGACUUGCUUACGCAUCUAGGUAUCUGCAAACUCAAUACCCCUCUGCUCUCCCUUCUUAAUGUUUAAACUAGACAGCCUUUCCAAUAGAGUCCUGUCCACAGCCACCCUAUCCUCAUCCCUGCCUGCUACUUUCCUGGUGCCAAGCAGGGACAGCAUGGGAUUUUCUGAUGCCUGAAGUGAAUUGAAAUGUUGCGCUGCUGCCUUUUUGGCUGAUAAACUUAUUUUGGAUGUCUACGGGGUGGCAAGAUACAUUCCACAGACAUCUCUCUCUUUUCGGGGGGUGUGGUGUGAGAGAGAGAGCGCGAAAGAGCGAUAGACAGAAACAACCCAGAGGAGAAUGUAAGGCAGAAAAUACUGGCCAAAGUUACCUAGUUGUUUCCUAUUGCCAUGACAGCUUGGUCUCAUGUAUAAAUCUGAUUUUAAGUCAUUCAGCACUAUGACAGUAUAAGGUCCUCGUGUCUUUAUAGAUCAGUCCAUCUUAUAAUAAAACCAAAGCUUGCCUCAUAAGAAAAUAGAACCAACACUGCAAUCCUAUACUUGUUUACUCAGUCACAUUGAGUUCAAUGGUGGUAACUGGGUAUAGGACUGCAGCCUUGCUGAAUUUCUAUUGCUGAGAUCCAGCAGUAAAUCAACAGUGCUGAAUUUCCAGAUCAUUAAGUUGGUUCAGAAAUGGGUGUUAUUUCAUUAAGGGAAUGGAAACAGUUUCUCCUUAACAGUGUGUGUGUGUGUGUGUGUGUGUGUGUGUACACACCCCUAACACAACACGGAACCCCCCAGAGAUAACUGAUAUAUUCAUGUUAUAUAGCAAUUAAGACAUUGCAAUGGAAUCUUUUUCUUAUUCAGCAAGCCUACAACUUACUCAAAGAGUCAUUUAUAUCUCAGCCUGAUCCCUGCAGUGAUUUUAAUGAACAAGCAAUUGAAAGAUUGUAUAUUAUGGGCUGCAUCUGCCUAGCAGAGAUGAAGAUAAAGGAGGCUUUUCAGCUGCUCAGUAAGGUAAUCAAUUACCAUGUUUUUGUGCAAUCACACUGCAAGUUUAAAUGAAGGCAACUCUUUUUCUAUAAAAAAGGGUGAAAAUUCCCUAUAGAAGGUAGAUACUAUAUUUUCAAGGGCUAGGUCCCAAACAAUUAAAAUGAUCUCCUAAGUAAGCCUCCCAGAAUUGGGUACUUUCUAGCUGUUGUUGGACUACAACUCCUAUCACCCAUGACCAUUGGCCAGUUCUGGCUUAGAUUUUUAGACUCCAAUGACAUUUGGAAGCCCCAAGUUGGGGAGGCUGUCCAUAAACCCUUACAUAGGAACCAGCUCCCUGAGAGAUUCCAUCACUACCCUGAUCACCACAGAUUCUGGGCUGGGCAAUGGAAUUCAACGGAACUGAUACACUGCCCAGUUACUGAACAGCUGCUAAAGAGCUAUGAAUAUUUUUGAGGGAGAGGGGAAAUCUGUUGUAAAGCAGGUAUGGGGAACCUGUGACCCUCGAGAUAUAGUUGGGCUCCAACUCCCAUCAGACCCAGCCAGCACAGCCAAUGGUCAAAGAUGGUGGGAGUUACAGUUCAGCUACAGCUGGAGCACCACAGGUUCCCCAUUCAUGUUGUAAAAUUCCAGGGUCCAAGCCUGCACCUAGGUUCUAAUGUUCAACUCAGCCCAUGAGGCACCACCACACCUUGUCCGAAAGAGGAAGCUACAGGAGGACCAACUGUGUUAGUAAGAUAGCCUCUUAACCACAGUUAGGUCAGAGCAGGUGCAUUUUCCAGAUUGUUUUACUUUAACCUACGCUAGGAAACAAUGCUGUCCGCUGUACAUACUGGGAUGAACAGAAUAACGAAAAGGAAAUAAUGGCCUCUUUCCCUUUACAUCCAUGUAGUGUGAGCAGAUCCAGGUUGCUAUCUAUGGCUCCCGUCACAGGAAAUCGAAAAAGAUACGAGAGCUCCUGGACAUGCUGAAGAUGUAAGUUUCAUCAGGAGUUUAGGCUGUACUAUGGGGGGUGCAGGAAAAAUCACAAACAACAGAAUGUCUAGGCUUCAAAUCUGGGUUUCAGAGUGUGACUCUGCCUACCUUUGCCUCUUCAAAGUUGAGAAGAUGGCUGGCCACUCAUCAGAGAACAGAACCACACUUGCCACAGAGGGUGGAUUUGUCCAAGCCUCUGUUUAAAUAUGCUCCAAGAGCAGCCUUUAUAUUAUAAACAUAUUUAAAUCCUAUUAUUAAAAACAAUUAAAAACCAUAACAACAAAUAUAAAGUAAAUAAAUGAGAGCUUAACAGCACGUGUUUAGUAGCACAAUUGUCCUAUGAAGAAGUAUUUUAUUUUCUUCAGCUUAGCCUGGACAGCUCAGAAUUUGCAAGACAGCAAUUGUGUUUUGCCAAAUGAAAGUUCCCCCCCCCUCAAUUGUGUCUUGCCAAAUGAAAGGUUUUUUCCCUCAACUAAAAAUGAUUUUUACAUUAGGUAUGAAAAACUGUUGGGAGAAGGUAAAGCUUCUCCUCCUUUUCUGCAGGGUUCCUGCUGUACAUGAAGGGACCAACAUGAAACAGAAGAGAGAGACACUGCUACGCUGCUCAAUCCCUGAUCUCUAGACAAACGGCAAGACUAGUCACUGGAAACAAGGAAAUAUAUCCCUAAUGCACCAUGAGAAAAGCAAGGCUGCAACAAUCAGGUUAUUAGCUAAUUAUGUCAUAGCCUGUAGCCCAAUCGUGCAUAUUAAUUGUACAUGGAAAGAUACCUUGCCCUGGUGCUGCUCUUAGAUGGAAUGGGCAUUCAGAGAGCCCUAGCACAAGAAAAUGAUCCAGGUCCUCCAAGCAUAGUCCUAUAUGUGCGUUUUUUGAUGUUCCUUCUUCCUGCCCACAACAGUGAAGGAGUACAGGGGGGAUAUAAGAAGGACAGUUUUGCAGAUUUCUGGGGACACCGUUUCCCCGACAUCAAGUAAGGUUGUGACUAGGAACCCAAUGAAUUAAUGUGUAACAUGUGAAUAGGAGGGAAAUCAAAUGUAUAGUCAUAUACUAGAUCCAGAAAUAUUGCCUAUUGACAGAAAUAUUGUUAAGCAUGCCUCCUUGUUUCUAGGUCACAUCCAAUGUAAGCCCCAGCCAGCAUGUUCAAUGGUCAGGGAUAAUGGGAGCUGUAAUCCAGCAAAAUCUGAAAGGCCACAGGUUGGGGGAAGCAGCUGUGCACCUCCCAGAAAUUGCCAGCUUCUGAUCCCCUGCCCAACUUCCACAGGGCACAUAAAAUAUACUUAGGGUAACGAUUAGGAAAAGUUGCAUUCCUCUGUGAUAAGUACUGUUUCCAAUGAAUGGUCGUCAGAAUGGUCGUUCUAUAUUUCUUGCCAAAAAAGCUUCACCAUACACCAUACACAAUGACUCUUUCCAAACAUGUCAAGAGGCCAAAUUAUCCAUCGCAAAAGAUCUUGCCUCUAAAACAGAGGUAAGUAAAUCCCACAACUGGUUGUCCAAGCUUUCAUUCAUUGUUGUACAGCUGAGCAUCCAAUAUGGCUUUUAAUAAAGGGGGAACAAAAUAACAGUUUGUACUUCACAGCUAAAUCUCUGCUUCAGUUAUGUCCUCAUCAGGGCAACAGUAAAACUCUACGAAGCAGAUCUGUCCAUCUUCGUUCCUGAUCAUGUAUUGCAGUGAGAGAAAGCCUCUGUUAUCUGUUCGAAUAGACACCUUGCAGGAUAAAACUAGUGCUUUAGUUGAUGGCUUCAGUAAUGCAAUCUUAUAUCUGUAAAGAAAUAGGAGGAAGACAAGAUGAAGUAUGAAGACAAAAUAGUUGCUAAUAGGUUGCUACCAAUUAUAAGACACAAACUUAUUGACAAAGAUGAACUUACAGAAACAGCAAUGUUUAAAAAUGCUUGAAGUUUGAUAAUUUAAUGUUAAAUCAACAAAGGCAAACCUUUUGAGUAAGUUCUCUAAAAUACUUAAGAGCACAUAAAAAAAUAUCUUAAUCAAAAUAAUGAUGUUAAGACAAACUGUCCCAGAGGAAACAUGGUCUGUGUAGAUCUACUGAUAAUCCUAUCCAGGUUUGUUAAAGAUGCAUUUUUAUUGGUGGAUAUAGAACCGGGAAUACGCUAAAAGCAGCAUUGUGUGGUUACUUGUUAUAAUUGGGGAGCAGGGUAGAAUUCACUCACUUCCUGGAUGAUGGGAUAAUAAGGUUAUGGGAACUGGCCCACGUGGUUACAGGUGACUAAUAUUAUAAUAGUGAGCAAGGCAAAGGAACUAGAGAACUUAUUUGUUGAAAAUAAUGAGCAAUUUGGAAAUAAUUUCACUCAAAUGCAAUGUUUAUGCAUUUCCUUCUUUUGUGUGCAUGUGUAUUAGUAUUGUAAGUAGAUUUAUUGCAUUAGCCGAGUGGCCAUAGCAUGAUAUACAUUAAAAUAACAACAUAAAAUGGGGGUGGGGAGGUAGAGGUAGACAUCGUCCUGGGCGAAUACUUAGAGAGAGUGGAAAAAAAAACAAAAAAAAAAAAACAGAAGCUGCUGAGGCUGGAGGAGGACCGUUGAAGGGUCCUUCAGCUCCUCAGAUUAGUCCUAACUCGAUUGUCCUUGUACAAUAAGGCUACUUGGAACUUCGUUCGGUUGUGCGGCGUAUCGACUGCAUCUGUGGUGUUAAGGAAGAAGUUAGUGCCGCUUUCCUCUUCAUCACACUAAGCAGGAAGUUAGCUGUCAUCUCAGUAAUCCAACAAUCAGAGUCCUGCAAAAAGAGGGACACUAUCCAAGGCUGGAUUGGGAGAUGGAACUUAUUCACGAGGGGAGUUAAAAACCGAGAUCUUUCAUCUGUCCAGUUGGGACAGAAGAGCAUUACAUGUUCCAUAGUCUCCAGGGCCGUGUCAUUACAGGAGCAUGUUCUGUUUGCGAUGGGAACUCUGGAAUAACGACCCGACAGAACUGCUGUAGGAAAACAGUUGAGACGGGCACAGGUAAAAGCCCUUCGCUUAGUCUCCGAAGAAAUUGUGAAGCAGUAUAGAGGGAUCCCUUCAGGGGUGGAAUAGCUAGGGCUAGGCCUGAACACGGUCCUCUUGCACAAGAAGCUGUGUUGGAGAAGUCAAGUUGCUGUAGUUUCUUUUAAUUAGGGGUAGGGCCACCGGGCUGAUACACUCUAAGUUAAGAACAGUUUUACAAUUCAAAUUGAGAAGAGAGCGGAGUUUGAGGUUAAUUGUAGUUCUCCAAGGGAAUUAUGAAUAUCUCUUAGGAUCAGAUUGGAAAAGCCACCUCUAAUUCGAGCAUCCGAUGCUAAUAGGUGGAGGGUGUAGGAAAUGGCUCGGCUCCAUGCUCGUCUAGCAAUUGAAGGCUGGGCGAACUCGAGUCGUAGGGCUGCACCUGAGACACAUCUCGGGACGCCGGAAAGAGAUCUUAGAAACAUAUGAAGUGGACGAUCCAGGUUACCUGAUAUUGCUGUAGUCCAUACUUCACAUCCAUAUAAUAAUUUAGGGACGACUUUGGCAUUAAAUAUUUGAAUUGCUGCUGGAAGGUGUUUGCCGCCCUUCUGGUGGUAAAAUCGGACAAUGGCGUUAGAGGUCGUGGUUGCAGCGAGAAAGGCAGAUUGUAGAUGGGUGGUCCAGGAGAGAUUAUAGGUGAAUAUUAAUCCUAGAUAUUUAAAGGCUUUUACCUUUUCUAAGUAGCCACCUGUGAUCUUAAGCGGCUCCAACUUGAGUUUGCGGGAACGAGUGAAGUGGAGGACUUUCGAUUUUUAUAAUUAAUAUUAAGAGCUUCCGCCUUACAAUAGGCGAUAAAUGCGUUAACUGCAUUUGCUAGAUCCGCAGCUGUUCUGGAUAAGAUGACGGCAUCAUCAGCAUAGAAAAGGGAAGCAACGGGUGGCCUGCUAAGUGAGGAGGAUACUUAGAUGCUAGCUUCAAAGUGGAAAUUGCAUCAUGAAGAUAGAGAUUAAACAGUAAAGGGGCCAAGAGGCAACCUUGUCGGACGCCCUUGGCCGUUGGAAAUGGAGUAGUGGGGGAGCCGUUUGGACUAGUUCGGACGCGAGCUGUGGUGUUUGAAUAAAGGGAGAUAAUUAGGGAGAGAAGGUGCGGAUCAAUUCCCAGAUGGGCAAGUUUGGACCAUAAUCUCUGCCUAGGAAUGGAAUCAAAGGCGGCCUCCAGGUCCAUGAAAGCGGCAAAUAGAUGGCCUUGCCUUGGAGCAGUGUAUUUACUGGCAAGGUGAAAGAGAGUUAGACAAUGGUCCAUGGUUGACGCUGACUUUCGGAAACCAAUCUGUUCUGGCGGUAGAAUGUUCCUCUCCUGGACCCAUGAGAGAAGUUCCUCCAGUAAAACAGCGGCAAAUAUUUUCCCGGGAUGGAUAAUAAGCUGAUGGGGCGAUAGUUCCUAGGGAUGUUUGGCUGGCCGCCUUUGAAGAUCGGAACUAUUAUAGCUUCUCUCCAGGAGUCGGGGAUGUCUAGGGCGGAGGAGAUAGCGGUGAAUACAGGAGUCAGGUGUUCGCUCCACCAAAGAGGAUCAGUCAGGAAAAGGUCCAACGGGACCAUGUCUGGGCCGGGGGCCUUACUCCUUUGCAUUGACAUUAUGAUGUUGAAAAUGCGAGUUGAAGUAUUAGUAUAUAUUUUUUAGUUUAUCUGUAUAUCUAAGAUCAAUUCUAUUAUAAUCAAUAAAAGUGUAUUUGCCCCUCACACUAUACCAUCAACAGAUUUGCUGACCUAGUUCCCUGAGUUGGGGUUAAAUCCCUAAUGACUGAGUACAAUCAGCAUGGUCAGAGGGCACUGCCAAUUAUCUAUUGACUUGAGAUGUUUUCCCAUGAGUGAUCUGUCUUCAAGCUACAGUACAGUGGUAUCUUGGUUUAAGAACAGUCCUGUUUACGAACAAUUCGGUUUACGAACUCCACAAUACCGGAAGUAGUGUCCCAGUUUGCGAACUUUACCUCGGUUUAAGAACGGAAUCCGAACGGAAAGGCACCGGCGGCGGGAGCCUCAUUAGGGAAAGCACGCCUUGGUUUAAGAACGGACUUCUGGAACGGAUUAAGUUCGUAAACCGAGGUACCAUUGUAUAACCUUUCUGGCAGAGUACAUGCAGCUCAGUUAAUGCAAAUAACCAACCAUCAUGUGAUUGGUAUUUGAACUUGAGUGGUAAAAACAGGACCAGUCACACCAAAUGGUUAUUGUAUGGGCUACUCCAGCUCACCUAUUUGUCUGGCUUUGGUUACAGUGAAAGGCUUCAAUUAAGUCUGAAUCUUUAGGAUAGUCUAGAUGUGUGCUUCCAGCAUUCCCAAAAGUGGAGAGUCUGAAAGAGAAAACGAGAAAAAUGCAUUAGCUACCCUCAAACUCACAGUUAAGUUUGUGAUAGAUGUUAGGCAAGAACACAGGUCUCCCAAAUCAAAGUCAAAUUCAAAUCCCAAGACCAUCCCUAGCUCUCUCAUAAGACACGUGUCUUGUACCAUGAAACUGUCAAUCAAUUUGGCCAGUACUGUCCAGUACUGUUGCUUUUUAAAUUCCGAGGAAUAAAUCUUCCUCCCCCCUGCUACUCUGAGAUCCUUUUCAGAUGCCAGGCAAUGUGAAUGCAUAUGUGCUUAACCACUGAGCUAAGGCUCUGCCCUAAAGAGGGAUAUAUUUAUGCCAGAAACUUGUAGUGCAUUUGAAAUCACAGUCACAAUACAUGUAGUCAUUGACUAUCAAACUAGGAUAGUUAUUCCUAGUACCUCAAAUUAGACUUUUCUAGAGAUACAGUAAUCUGCAAUACUUCGCUGGACAUAUCUAGUUCGGAAAAUGCCUCUCGGAGCCCCUCUGACUGCAGGAUGAUCUUAUUCACAACAUUUGUGCUGCAGAAAUCAAAAUCGAGGAUCUCUUCUGGUUCCUGAGUGUUGAUUUUGCAUACAGUCACCACACCACCGUCCUCCAGGAAAAGCGUCAAAGGGUAACCAUAACCCCGAUAGCACAUCCGGAGGGCUGUCUGAGUGCCUGCGAUGAGGAAAGAAAGGU